AUGGAUGCUUGCCUUGGUCCAAACUCUGUCCUUCGCACUGAACCCAAGCGCGUCAAGAGUGGCACGACGACCAUCUCGUUUCCCAGGCCGUCUUUUGUCGUCCAGCCUUUCCACGCUGCUGAUUCCUCCGCGCCUAAGCGUCACGAGCCACCCCUUGCCCUGCCUGUCGGAGAGGGAAGUGAUAAGGUCACGACGGGCCAAUCUUCACAGCAAGUCGAGCAGACGUCCUGGUCUCGCCGCCUGGCCGUUUCUCGACAGCCGUUGCGGUUGCGGGUCGACUCGACAACAAAAUUGCGACUACUAGAAAUUGAAACGUGGGUGUCUGCCCUCGCCCGGUACGACAACAACGAAUUUGAUGAUGCGCUUGGCGAGUUCGACAAGAUUAGCGACACCAGCAAGAUCCUGUUUAACAUGGGUGUCAUUCAUGCAACGCUCGGCGAGCAUGAAAAGGCGGUUGAAUCCUACCAGCGAGCCAUUCGACUGGAUCAGUAUCUUGCUGUCGCCUACUUUCAACAGGGUGUCUCCAAUUUUUUGCUUGGCGAUUUUGAAGAGGCCCUGGCGAACUUCAACGACACCCUGCUCUACCUGCGCGGCAACACCAUGAUCGACUAUGCCCAGCUCGGACUCCAGUUCAAGCUCUACUCAUGUGAAGUGCUCUUCAACAGAGGACUUUGUUACAUCUACCUUCAGAACAUGGAGACCGGCUUGCAAGACCUUUCGUAUGCUGUCAAGGAGAAAGUGGUGGAGGAUCACAACGUCAUCGACGAGGCCAUCCGUGAAGAAGCCGAGGGAUACACUGUCUUCUCCAUCCCUGUCGGCGUUGUUUAUCGACCAAACGAAGCCAAGGUACGAAACCUCAAAACGAAGGACUACCUCGGCAAGGCAAGACUGGUGGCUGCCUCGGACCGGUCCAACGCCUUCACCGGCUUCGCAGGUUCCGAGAUCAAAAACGCUGGAAAGCCCGAGAUCAAGGACGACCGGCCGGUCGACGACAUCUCCUUUGGCGCCACCAAUCUGGUGAGGCCCGGCAUCCAGUCGAGGAGACAACAAUCGGAGCCACCUGCUGGCCGCUCUGUCUUCCCCCCUACGCCUCCCCCGGAGAGUGAUCGGCCGAGCCGAGGAGCGUCUGUUCGGACAGGCCCGAAGCCGAUGCCUGCGAGGCUCAGUAUUCCGUCUCAAGAAUCCAUCAGAAAGUACGAAAAGGCGCAAUCGCCGGAAGACGGCAGAGCCCGACCGACGAGGUCGGCUACUGCAGCUCCAUCACGCGGCUACUCUCCACGAGACCCGUUUCCAGCACCCCUCCAACGAAGGCCCACGAGACCUAUCGAAGAAGAAACCUUUCCAGCCGACCUGUACGACAUGUAUCAGGGCGGAGGUGGUGGCAGCGGACCGCGAACCUCAAGAGGCAGCCGGCGGUCAAACCGUGCGAGGCAACAACAGCGAUAUAUCGAAGAUGACGAUGAAGGCUCGGACUAUGAUGGAUCAGUAAACGGUGCUGAGUUCGAAAUGGUGUCGAAUAACCGCCGUGAACCGGUGGCGAGGACCGAAGCCCGCGGGGCCUCACGGCGGCCUGACAUCCUCAAGGUUAGGGUUAAAGUCCACGCCGACGAUGUGCGCUAUAUCAUGGUGGGUGCCGCCAUCGAGUUCCCCGAUCUGGCCGAUCGAGUACGAGAAAAGUUUGGGCUACGUCGCCGGUUCAAGAUCAAGAUCAAGGAUGAAGAUUUACCCGAUGGAGACAUGAUCACCAUGGGAGACCAAGAUGAUUUGGAGAUGGCCAUUCAGAGUUCCACCCAAGCUGCAAGGAGGCAGCGGCAGGAAGUGGCAAAGUUGGAGGUGAGUCAUUCCUGUGCUUGA